AUGGUUGAAGACGUGGAAGAAAACAAAAGGUUUGAAUAUGCAGAUGUUGCCAGUAUUAUACAGUCGUAUCAAAAAGAUAAGCAAAUUGAAACUAUUCUUAUAGAGAAAUUUACUACAUUUUUACAAAAUCUAAAAGGCCAAUAUUUUGUCAAUUUAUACCCAAAUCAGAUUAACACUAUCGCUAAAUUUAUUUACCUUUUCUUUACAGUUUUCCAAAAUGAAAGAACUUUAGGUCAAGAAUAUGGUCAGUUGAUGUAUGUUAAUAAACUUGGUAAAGCAUUGACUAAAAAAGGGCAACGUUUAGCAUAUAUCAUAUCUAUUUGUUUUGGACCUUACAUAAUAAACAAGAUAUUAAAAGUAUUUCAUACAAGAAAUACUGACGACCCGGCAGAAGAUGAUAAACAAUUUUCUUUGAAAGAGACUAUAGAUUUGGGAAUAAAUUUGCAUUUAAUAUUAUUUUAUUUUAAAGGUGAAUAUUCCGAUAUUUGGAAAAGGAUAUUUGGUAUGAAAGAGGUAAUCACUCAUAGAAUUAAUAAUGAUGAAAGAAGAUUUCGCAAAAAUAAUUCAAAAAUGUAUAAGGUGAUAGGUUAUAUUUUCCUACUACAAACACUAACACAAGCCUUUCCCUUAAUCAAAUCAAAAUUACUAUUAUUUACAUGUAGAGAUAGGAAUAAAUGUGAAUCACAUCAUGAUAUAGUGUCAGAUACAAUAAGAAUUAUUACAAAAAUACCAGAGAAAUCACAAAUUGCUCAUGUUUCAUUAGAAGAUCCUACAGUUUUACCUUUUAUACCGUCUGAAUCCCGUCAAUGUGCACUAUGUCUUUCAUUCAUGGUGGACCCAAGUUGUGCUCCUUGUGGACAUGUGUACUGUUGGGACUGUUUACAAAAUUGGACUAAUGAAAGACCUGAAUGUCCAUUAUGUAGACAGAAAUGUCGUCCUCAACAGAUACAACCUCUAAUCUAA